AUGAACAAAACGAAUGAAACAUGUUUGUCGUUUAAAAAGCAAAUCAAUUUCGAUGGAACAGAAGACCUAUUCAUCGCAAAUGUCUUAUCUUGUGUCCUAAACUUAUCCUUUUCCUUGCUAACAAGUUUGGGCAAUUUGCUUAUUAUAUAUGCGAUUGGAAAAACGCAAGAUCUUCAUUCAGCAUCUUUUAUCCUCUUGGGUUGUUUAGCUGCUUCAGAUCUUCUCGUUGGCCUAAUUUGUCAACCCCUUUUCGUGGCUUUAAAAAUAGCCGAAAUCAAGCGCAAGAAUCUCACUGCGUACUGUACAUUGAGAACGUUUGUAACAAUGUUUUCUUGGCUGACAUCUGCAGUUUCUUUAUUUACUUUAGCUGCUGUUUCUGUCGAUCGAUUGCUCUGCCUGCAUCUCCAUUUACGAUACAACACGCUAAUAACUGUACCUCGUGUUUUUAAAGCAGUUUCCACUCUUUGGACCUUUACCGUAGCACUUGUAACGGUGAGAUUUCUAAUGGGAAAUGAAUGGUUUGUGAUCACAAUAACUGUGUUUCUUCUUUCGUUUCUCCUUAUAAGCAUCAGCACCAUGAGAGUAUUUCAAAUUGUUCGAAGACACCAACUACGCAUAUAUGAUCAAAGCGUCGCUGUUAACCAUCUCCAAUUGCAAACCAACAACGUGAACAUCCUUAAAUGCAGAAAAUCAGCUGUGACAAUUCUUUAUAUUUACGGAUUGUUCUUAAUUUUCUACCUUCCCUUCUUUAUUUCACUGGUCAUUGAAGUUUUAGUCGGAUACACAAAAUCAGUAAAGGUUGCUUAUACGUAUACUGCCACUGUUGUCUUCAUCAACUCUUUUGUCAAUCCGCUUGUGUACUGCUGGAGAAUUGGGGAAAUAAGGCGAGCGGUGAAGAAUAUUCUGACAAGAGAAUGA